CUCCCUGAGUGAGUGAGUGUGUCUGUCUGUCCGCCAUGUUGGAUUAUGUGGGUGUCACACGGAGGCAGACGAGUGCAACCGGAGACGCUCACAACAACACACACAAACCCGAGCGACACGCCGAUAUAACCGCUCCAAGUUGAGACCGCGCCGCCCGUGUGAGCCGUCUUUCCCCCCGUAUCCCUCUGAAGUUACGGAACGACGAAUAAGUUCCCAAUCCCAAUCACUACCACUCGGAUAAAAAAAAAAAAACGAGGAAUGGUUAUGGAGCAACUCACUGUGUGAGUUCCCCUCUCUCUGUCUGGAAAUGGUUUUGGCAGGUGCUAUCCUGGAGGACCUCAGGCAUACAGAUUUCUGCUGGUGGAGCCUUUGAGAAGGAGCAGUGUGAAGAAUCCCUGGUGGAAUUACAAAAGACGCCUUGACCAGUACAGCGCUGCGUGCCGUCCAUUUCAUUUUGCCCCCCGCGAAAACGUUCGGAACGAGCCGCCAAAAUGCCGAGCUCCUCGAUCCGGCGGCAGAUGAAGAACAUUGUGAACAAUUACUCGGAGGCGGAGAAGAAAGUGAGGGAGGCGACCUCCAACGACCCCUGGGGCCCCUCCAGCUCCCUGAUGUCGGAGAUCGCCGACCUCACCUACAACGUGGUGGCCUUCUCCGAGAUCAUGAGCAUGAUCUGGAAGCGGCUCAACGACCACGGCAAGAACUGGCGGCACGUGUACAAGGCACUCACCCUGCUGGACUAUCUCAUCAAGACGGGCUCGGAGCGCGUGGCCCAGCAGUGCAAGGAGAACAUCUUCGCCAUCCAGACGCUGAAGGACUUCCAGUACGUCGACCGCGACGGGAAGGACCAGGGCAUCAACGUGCGGGAGAAGUCGAAGCAGCUGGUGUUCCUGCUGAAGGACGACGACCGGCUGAAGGGGGAGCGCUCCCAAGCCCUGAAGACCAAGGAGCGCAUGGCCCAGGUGGCCACCGGCGUGGGCAGCAACAGCCAGAUCCAUUUCGGCCGCGGCUCCAGCCAGCCCAACCUCUCCACCAGCUACUCGGAGGAGUAUGGCAGGUCUGGCGGCUCACCUGCCUCUUACCACGGCUCCACGUCCCCGCACGCGUCCUCGGAGCUGGAGCAAGCGCGGCCGCAGACCAGCGGGGAGGAGGAGCUGCAGCUGCAGCUGGCGCUGGCCAUGAGCCGAGAGGCGGCAGAGCAGGAAGAAGCACGUGGCAGGAGGUCCCGUGGAAGAGGGUCUUACUGGCCGCUGUCACCAAAGGAGGAGAGGAUGAGGCGCGGGGAUGACCUCCGGCUCCAGAUGGCCUUGGAGGAGAGCCGCAAAGACUCGGGAAAACUCGGCAAGAAGAAAAAGGAGAAGGAGCCGUCGGUGCUGAUGGACUUGAUGGACAUCCUACCCGAAGGCCCAGCGGAUCAGACAUCAGACCCUUGGGGAGGGGCGGCAGCAGCAGUGGCCCCUGACCCCUGGCGGUCAUAUGGUGCAAGUUCGAAGCCGAUACCGACAGCCGACCCAUGGGGUGCCUCCUCAGCCUCGGCCACUCCUGUGAAGAGUGCAGAUCCCUGGGGCUCCCCUGCUGCUUCAGCUCAAGGAAUCCCUGACCCCUGGGUGACAGGGUCUGCCAGCCACCCCAAGACCGGCUCCCCAGGCAACUUUGAUCCCUUCAGCACGUUAAACGGUACUUCCAGGGAUGACUUUUCAGAGUUCGACAGCUUACGUUCAUCUUCUACAAAGACAGGUGACGUCUUGUCCUCUCGGCCCAGCGCGUCCGCCAGCCCCGACAUGUUCGACUUGCAGAGGGGCAGCUCCGGCCCCGGCAGCAUGAGCGCCACCACCGGCUCUCGGAAGACACCCGAGUCCUUCCUGGGUCCCAAUGCCGCACUGGUGAACCUGGACUCGCUAGUCAGCAAACCAGUACAGCCAGCUCCCGUCUCCAACCCCUUCCUUAUGCCAGGGGCCGCUCCUCCAGCCACGGCUCAGGUCAAUCCCUUCCAGGUCAAUCAGCCCCAGCCGCCCACCCUCAACCAGAUGAGAGUCAGCCCCAUGAUGGGCAUGAGCUCCCAGAGCUUCGGCACCAUGCCCACCAUGGGCGUGGACCCCCUGCCCGCCAUGGGCGUGGAUCCCUUGCCCCUUCCCACGAUGCCUCCACCCGGCUCCAUGACAAUGGUCCCCAUGCCAGGGAUGGCGGCGCUGGCACCCAUGGGCCAUAUGGUGCCUGGCAUGGCUAUGAGCAUGCCAGGACCCAUGCCACAGCCACUUAUGAGCACAGGAAAGGCCUCAGCUACCACGGCCGCCCAGGGUGGCGGCACUACCAACCCCUUCCUGUUGUGAAGAAAGCUCUGUUGCUCUCUGCAGCUGUUCUCAUCAAAGACAAACACCUCUAUAUUAGUCAACAAUAUAGCGGUCUGCCGUGCUUUCAGACUGGUUUCGUGGAGUGCUACUUUACUAAAGACUCUUGGAGUAGAUGUGGUGUUUACAGUUUUUAAGUGGCAGAAGAAGCUCUCUCUGCCCCCCUUGGAGGUAGGUACCCCCUUCACCCUUUACUCCUUAAUUUCCUGAAGCGAAACUCUGGUAGUUACUGUGUGUUGUAAACGUGAUCUACUCUUACCCUCCAGUGUACAGCUGCUCCCCGAAAGCCAGCGUAGUAUUUAGUGGGAUACCAAUUUUAAACUCUUUAGAUUGCUUUAAUCUUAUCAAAGGUUUAAAUAAACUACACAUCCUGCUCCGUUUUAUUCUGUAUUUUAAAGAAAGGUAUUCACUAAAGCUGAUCUCUUUUUAUUAACUUUAAAGUUCUGCAUCACUGCAUAUACACUGUAUGUACAGCUUGCAUUGUGUUCCGUGUUUUCUGUGCUUAUUUUUUUGUCAUGAACAGUGUCAUAGAACACUAAAUAUGUACUAAUUACACAAGAGGACAAGCUGCCUUUCACAUACCAUCUCAACCCCUGAGUGUUUUGGCUCAGUCGCUUAAUACCAACAUGCAGGUGGGUACUGAUCAGUAAUUCCUGCGUCCAGUUAACUCGCAUUUCAGCCCUGCGGUUCCCCAGUCGAUGUGCAUCUGCUUGCACAUUUACUUUCACCAGUUGCUGAGUGUGAUGUGCUGACGAUAUUUAACAGAAUGGAGAUGGAGCGUACAGUAAGUACCACCCUUGACUAGAAUUACAAAUAUUUCAAUUAUGAAGACCCCGUACCCCAACAUCAGUGAAUGUUUUGCUAAAUUGGGAUCCAUUGAAGUUGUUGUGCCUGCGAACUGCCUUUCAAAGCGAGCUAUGUUGUCAUAAAAUAAGCACUGAAAAGACGGAACCCGGUACGCAUUAGUACACGCAGUAUAUAGAUGAUUCAGUCAGUUUACAUUUUAAUGGAUUUGGUGUUCUAAGCAGAGCUUUUGCACAUGGUUUAGUUUUUGACUGUUGGUUCACCAUUAGUCCUUAGCUGAAGAAAAACAAUGGCUGACUGUUGUAUUCAAUACCAAGUAUAAAAUGUUACAUGGAGAAGUCUGUGCCCUUAGUGCUUAGGACUUUGAAGUGUGUGCACUUCAUGUGUCACAGGUUCAAUUCAUGAAAUAUUGGAGGGUUGAAAGACUGUUAACAAGUACAGUCAUAGGAAACUGGUUUGCACGUUUGAAGAUGGCUUUUAAUUUUUUUACAAAAGCCAUUAUUUUCUACUGAAUACAAUCUGGUAAAUCAGUUUAAUUGGGUAAAUGGUGAUAUGAUUUUUUAGUAAUAUUGUAAUGCUCAAUCUUUGCACAGUCUUAGUUUCAUAGGGUGACAGUUUUAUAUAGACCUAAUUGAGUCUUUUAAAUCAGUAUGCAGCUGCCUAGCUCUCUUAAAUAAUGCUGUUAAGAUUCAAGAUCCAACAAUCGGAGAUAUUUUCUUUUUGUGUGUAGAUGCUGUUAAUUUAUAUAAGAAAACGUAUUAAUAUUCAUAGACGUCGAUAUAAAGGGAAAUGAGAGAGAAAAUGAGAGCGAGACAGGUGAGCUUCAUAUCUGAGCUAAUCCUCCCGCGUCUUACAGUCUUAUCACCAGUGUAACUUACAACAGGUGUUGCUGCAUGAUCUUAUUUAAUUUUUUUUUAAUUAAGUGCUUAAGCUUUAAGAUUUUUUAUCGGGACUAACCACCUGACCUGCAGUGCUUUUAUAUCCACAGGUACCUGAUUGUACCCGUUUUAAAAUAGUUUUAUUUUCCUAGAAUUGGUCAUGCCAUUAUUGUGAUGUUUUUUUUUUAUGUAGAAAUGCAGGUCUGCCUUCUGUGGAGACAUUUUAACGUACAAUAUACGAUAUACUGUAGAAUUCAACUGCCUGAUUAUAAACAGAAUUCAGAUAAAGGGAAAAUUUGAAAUAGCCGGAUUAAACAUCAGAGCUAGUUUAAAUUGUGCCCUUACUGUGAUUGGACAGCAUUAGGUUGGAGGCAGUGGAGGGCGUGGGGGUGGGGUUUUUCACUGAAAAAUUCUCAUCAAUAUGCUCAAGAGUACCGAUAUUUUUUAUGUUUUUAUGUAAAACUCCUGUAAUGGAGUUAUAGCAUUACAUGAUGGCCUUAAAAAUGCAGACAUUGGAACUUAAUAUACCAAAUAUCAGCUCAUCUUCAAAGCUCCUGCUUGGACUAACUUUUGAUGAUAUUUUCUAAGAGAUACUUGAUUGUUCAUUUUUUAAGUUUGUAGAGUGUUAGCUUCCCUGCUAAGAAUCCAUGUGUCUCCUCCUGCUGUUGGAGGAAGCCAGGGUAUUCAUUACCAGCGAACAGGAACUGGGACACUGCAACUGUGUGUAAAGGGAUACAAAGUGAACCCUAAUUUUUAGUGCUACUGGAAACCUACCGCACAAAAGCAUUAUCAAUAAAACAAGGUGCUGUAUUGGUGGCUCUGUGGCCGGUUCGUAUCCCGCGGCCGGCGGAGGAAUCCUACUUCAUCGGACCCCUGAGCAAGGCCCUUAACCCCAACUGCU